AUGCAGAGUAAUAUAUCGUAUGCGAGCACCGCAUAUUCGGCCAGCUCAUCGACGAUAAGCAUCAAAGAUUUGUCUCCCGUGGAGGACUGGUCCUCGCGGCCCGUCAGUGACUGGUCUGUGCAGAAACUGGGGGUUCUACAGGGGAAGAUAGAACAGUACACUUAUAAAAUAUACCACAACAGCAGGUACGGGAAGGUGAACCUGUCGAGAGUGAUACCGGGGCAUGUCCUGAGGAAUUUCGCCAACGAGUGUUUCGGGUUUGACGGGUGGGAAAUGGAGAUACUCGAUAUAGAGGCGACGCAGUGUGUCAAAAUACCUGCUAACACAGCGACAAUUCCAGAUGACGCCGGUGACACUGGUGACGGCGAUGAUAAUUGCCAGUAUAUGGUGGUUGCAGAGGCAUCCGUGAAGAUCACACUGCAAGACGGCACAAACACCCAACGGGGCGGGAUGAGUAAAUCAAUAAUGCAGUCCAAGGGGAACUGCUACCAAAAAGUCAAGAAAGAGGCCGUUACAGAUGCAUUCAAAAAUGCUAUGCUCAGUUUCGGAGACAUCCUGGAGGAAUACAACAGCAAAGUAAAACAAAACUACUACGUCGACGGCUUGUAUGUCAACAAGAUCAAGACAGAGUCUGAUGCAUCGAUAUGA